CUGAAUGAGUAACAGAUGGCCUUACCUCGUCUUACGGGAGCUUUACGCUCCUUUUCAAAUGUCAAACAAGAUGAUUAUAGUGAAGAAUUGGGUGACUUAAUGAAUAAAAGGUCAAAAUUACAUAAACAGUUAAUGAGCUCUGAGCUUACAUGGAAGAAGAUAGUAAAAUUUGUUGAAGACAGUUUGGACAAGAAAGAACAGCUGUCUGUAUCUGGAGAUUUAAGAACUAUAUUACAGGCUGCAAAACAAAUAGUAGGAACUGAAAAUGGACAAGAGGCAAUUGAAAGUGGAGCUGCUUUUCUCUUUAAGACGUUUCACAUGAAGGAAUGCGUUGGUCAUGAAGAAACAAAGGCAAUCAAGCAGAUGUUUGGGCCCUUUCCAUCGUCGUCUGCUACUGCCGCUUGUAGUGCCACAUGCCGAUUGCUUCUUUCUUCACUGAAGAGCAGCUUACUGCACGUAUACAGAUUGCCGAAGAGCAAAAUGGUGAUAACAAAGUAUUCUUUGGUAAAAAUAUAGUAUUUUCAUUUGACAUGCAUGACCUGGAUCACUCUGAAGAACUGCCAAUAAAUGGUGAGGCUGCUUGAACAGAAAACUAUAAGCUUAGAUUACAACAAAUUUCUGAAUAACCAUUUGGAACACUUCCAGAAUUGCUACGGCGCUAACUCUGAUCUCAAGUCCAUUGGAAAAGUGGAUGAUUCUUUCUGUGGUGUGAGGUUGGGAAGUUUUUAAAUGAAUCACUAAAAGGAACCCCUGGAGAACCAACAACAGAUGAUCUCUGCUGCACUUGUAUGAGCUGCUUGCAUCUAGUAAAAGUGGUGACGAACUUCA